AUGGGUUGGUUUUGGGCAGACAAAGUUGAGUCAAACGUAGUGUCACAGGUACACACAGGUAACCCCGCACCGUCAUCUCUACUGGCAUGUCCUAUAGAUCAUUCAUCAUUUUCAAAAUCAGCCUCAGCUGCUCCAACAUGUCCCGUGCUCUCAAAGGAUUCGGAAGAGGUCUUGAACCCUAUGAAUAACAUGCCCAUGGCCAUUUCCAGUGAACUUGCGCCGGGCCAAAAGAUUAAAUUAUCUACUGAAAGAACGAUAUCAACUAUUCCUAGAGGAGAAUCUCCCGAUCAAGGACUAUGGGAGUACCCUUCACCACAACAAAUGCUUAAUGCAAUGUUAGCCAAGGGUAAAGGGGAUGGGAUUCCCGAAGAUGCUGUGGAGUCCAUGGUUGAGGUACACAAUUUCUUAAAUGAAGGAGCCUGGCAACAGAUCUUGGAAUGGGAGGAUAAGUACACAAGGGAGACAAAGAUUGAGCCAAGGUUGAAAAAAUUCACGGGAAAGCCUCAUGAUCUAUCACCAAAAGCCCGAAUGUAUUUGUGGUUGGGUCAGUUGUUUCCUGAAACUUUUAAUACGAUUCCACCCUUUGAUAGACAUGAUUGGACUGUGUUGAGAAGUCAGGGAAGAAACCAGGGUUGGAAAGAAGUUCGCUAUGUUAUUGACUAUUACGGUGCUCCAGACGACGAGGAGACUGGUAUGCCGGCAUUUAUGUUGGAUACUAGACCUGCGUUGGACGAUUUGGGAAGUAUUCGUGAUCGAAUUGUCACAUUUGCUGGACCUGUGUGGAAGAAAGCAAUGGGAGAUGUUGAUGAAUUUUGA